AUGGCUACAACUUCACGGGAAGACUUCAAUCGACAACUUUUGGAAUUCGUGGAGUUGUGCCGAAAUUUAAAUGGUCCUUUUUGGUCUUUGCAGAAGGUUUUUUUUUCACCAUUUUCGACUUCAUCAUUUUAUACAAUUUUACUUUAUAAAAUAUUCAAAACUUUAUAAAUUUUUCGAUAGUUUCACUGAAAAUAUUGAAUUUAAACUGUUGUUUUUUUAAUUUAAUUUUUGAUAUAAUCUUUUUCGGUCUGAAGAAAACACAAGAUUCUUUUAAAUAAUCUAAUUUUCGGAAUUAAUUCAGUCAUUGAACUUUUUUAGAGUGCAAUCGGUGAAUUAUACGCGAAAAACACGAGUUCUGUUGUUAUGGACGAUGAAACAUUGAGUCGAGAAGUUCAUAUCACUUUCAACGAAGUUUAUUCUGUUCCAACUCUGUGGUUCAACUUUUAUAGAAGAGGUUUGUACGGUGGAAUGGAAAAGCAUUUGAUUGAAAGGUGUAGUUUGUUUUUGAGAAGUUUGAAUAAAAUUCAAAGAAUUUCGUAAAUAAUCCGGAAAAACCAUACUUCAAAAAAAGGGUCUUUAGCGGGCUGUACCUUUAAUAACUCACUUGUGGGGUUAAAAAAGAAUGAAAUAUAUUCAUCGAUUAUCGAAAAAUGUGCUGAAAAUGUAAUAUUUUGAACUAUGAAGCUUUGGAUAACUAGAUUCUUUGAUAUUUUUCUUGACUUUUGAGAUUGAAUGAUCCGUCGUUGUGAGACGUCUUCUUAGAUCUACAUAAAUUUAGGCAGAGUUUUUCCUUUAAAAAAACAAAAAGAAAAAAAGGUUUUUUUCUUCGUAAAAUUUUUCAAAAAGUUCUUGCUAGUGGUGUUCAUGCUAAUUUUCUCCAGGAAAAUAUAAUUAAAAAAACUAAUAUUUUUGCAGAUGGAAGACCCUUGAAACUGUCAGAAAUACGGAAAGCUCUGAAACUCGAAGAAGAUUCGUCUAUACCGCACUUGACACAGAAUGAGCAUCCGAAUUUGGGCGUCAUUUUCUUCAAUAUUCAUCCUUGCAACACGGCCAAAGUGAUGAAAGAGCUCAAGAUCGAUGGAAAUUAUAUAGCGAGGUGCAAAAAAGCAAUAAAUUUAUCACAGAGAAAUCAAAUUUCACAGAUGGAUCACAAUAUACGGUGCUGAAGUGGGGAUAUCGUUGCCGGCGAAUUUCUUCGCCGAAAACCCGUGA